GAGUUCAGUUUUUCUUUAUCAUCCGGUUCGUGCACAUCGCGUCUCGGCCGCAAGAACAAAGAACACACAAAUAGAACUUGGACUUCCAACUACACACAGUGCUCGAGUUAAGUGCAGUGAAUAACCACAGUGAACCCUACUAGUCUUCAACUAAGCAUAAAAACAGUAAAAUGCAGCUCAUAUAGGAUAGCCAAUCCAACAGUUAAUUCCAAAAGUAGCAGUCAAGCGACAAGCCAAGUGUAAAAGCAAGAGUAGGAGAUGGCCACCAACACGGAGCUGCUGCCCUUCCAUCAUCAAACAAUCGCGGUGUUAAACAAUCUGAAUAGCCACUGUGGCGGAUCCGGGAGCAACGGAGCGGCCACCAGUGGCGGCUCGGUGAUUGGCGGAGCAGGAGCCGGAGGAGCGCCCAGCUGGGCAAUGGACGAACUCUAUCAACAGACUGAGCUGCCCGGUCUGACGCGAACCGGAGCCACCACCACCCACCACCACCUGCUGCGCUUCACGCCCUACGCCCUGCACCACCGACCGCCGCACCACCAGCUGCAGACCUUGCCGCCGGCCCUCUACUUGCAGCAUGCUGCAGCAGCUGCGGCGGCAGCGGCAGCAGCAGCGGCCCACGCCCAGCAUCAUCAUCACCAUCACCACCAUCUCCCGCACAGACCAGCAUCUCCGGAGAGCCCGCCGCCGGUGGAGGGCACCCACAUAAGCAACCUGUUCCCAGAACUCCUCGAGCAGAUAUUCGAGCACCUACCAGUGAGGGAUUUGGGUCGGGCAGCCCAGGUUUGCACUGCAUGGCGGGAUGCGGCCUAUGCCAAGAGCGUUUGGAAGGGAGUCGAGGCCAAGCUGCACCUUAAGCGCUCCAGUCCGAGCCUGUUCAACUGCCUGGUCAAGCGCGGCAUCAAGAAGGUGCAGAUCCUAUCGCUGCGACGCUCGCUCAAGGAUUUGGUCCUUGGAGUUCCGGCUCUGACCUCUCUAAACCUGAGCGGCUGCUUCAACGUGGCGGACAUGAACCUGGGCCAUGCCUUUAGCGUGGAUCUGCCAAACCUCAAGACACUGGACCUCUCCCUCUGCAAACAAAUCACGGACACGAGUCUGGGGCGGAUCGCCCAGCACCUGAGGAAUCUGGAGACCCUGGAACUGGGCGGAUGUUGCAACAUCACGAACACAGGACUGCUGCUCAUUGCGUGGGGCCUGAAGAAGCUGAAGCACCUCAAUCUGCGCUCCUGCUGGCACAUCAGCGACCAGGGAAUCGGACACCUGGCGGGAUUCUCGCGGGAAACGGCCGAAGGCAACCUGCAGCUGGAGUACUUGGGUCUGCAGGAUUGCCAGCGGCUGAGCGACGAGGCUUUGGGCCACAUUGCCCAGGGCCUGACCUCGCUGAAGUCGAUCAACCUGAGCUUCUGCGUCUCGGUGACGGACAGCGGACUAAAGCACCUGGCCCGGAUGCCCAAGCUCGAGCAGCUGAACCUGCGCUCCUGCGACAACAUCUCGGAUAUCGGAAUGGCCUACCUCACGGAAGGCGGCAGCGGGAUCAACUCGCUGGACGUCAGUUUCUGCGACAAGAUCAGCGACCAGGCCCUGACACACAUAGCCCAGGGACUCUACAGACUGAGAUCGCUGUCCCUCAAUCAGUGCCAGAUCACCGAUCACGGCAUGCUAAAGAUCGCCAAGGCAUUGCACGAGUUGGAGAACCUCAAUAUCGGACAGUGCAGCCGGAUAACGGACAAGGGCCUCCAAACGCUGGCGGAGGAUCUGACUAAUCUCAAGACCAUCGAUCUCUACGGCUGCACGCAACUCAGUUCCAAGGGCAUCGACAUCAUCAUGAAGCUGCCCAAGCUGCAGAAGCUCAACCUGGGCCUCUGGCUGGUCAGGUGAUGCGUCCACCACGACUGCAACGCCUGUGCGGCGAAGGAGGCCGCUCGCGGCUCUUAUAAUUCCCAACCAUAGAUUCCGGGCGGGAAAGAGAGGGCAGACAAGAUACACUGAAAACUCAUAGCUUUCGUUUGCCAUACCACACGCUGUACUACAUUUUUUUCGUACGAAUCGAGAAACGAGCAGAGAGGCACAAAACAACGCAGCAACAACAAAAAGCAAACAAUGAGGCACACACACAACACGCACACACACUGGCAAGCAGGCAAGCAUGUCGAGCGGGCGGAGUUGGGGCAAAAGGGACAGAGACAGACGACGUCGGGGGAUAGUGCUGCCAGCUCAGCGGGUUUAGUGAUGUUUUCGUUGUUAGAAACAUGUUUUUUCUCGAGAAUAGGUUUUGAAAUGAGAAAAUAUCCUAAACCUAUAUUCUUUUUAUAGUCGUACUUCCGUAACCUUCCAUGUACAAGUUUUUAUUUGAGAACAUUCGGUCCUCCAAAGUUAGGUAAAGCCCCUUUUACACGACCUGAAGUUUCGUUGCAGUUUCUAUGCUUAGAAAACAUAGCUUUUGUAAAAGGGACUUUUGCAAAUGUAUACUAGUAAUACUCACACAAUAGAAUUACUUACAAACAAUUUUGACUUAACAUAACUCUUCAUAGCCAGAACUAGCUUUUUUCCCGCUGAGACCGGUCAGCGCUGCCCAUGGAGCUCGCUCUGCUGCGUUGUUGUGUAGUGUUGUGUUCCUAGGGGGCCAGAGCGAGAGGGGAGAUGCCGCUGGCGUCGGCUUACACGCACGCAGCGAUAAAAAACGAAACAGAGAGAAAAAGAAAAAAGCAGGCAACAACAACAACUGCAGCUAUGGCCGACAGCAACAAAGUGCAUGGCGAUGGAGACGCGCGAUAAGCAGCAGGAGAGGGGCGGGGGACAACGCAGGGAGCAAUGCGAGGAGAGUGGGCAGCACACACACACACAGACAGCAUAAACACACCCAAACACGCAUGUGUGUGUGUGCAAUGCAGGCCGCAGUUAAGCAGAUGCAAAUAAAUUUAAAUAGUUUAUUUUAAUUCACGCUUCGGCUACAAAAGCCAGCGUCCUCCAUUGCCACAGCAACAACAAAAGCAACAGCGAUAAAACAACAAAAUGAGAAAAGAAAAAAGAGAGGGAGUAGCUCCGCUCCGCUCUUUUCUCGCUCUCCACCGCAUUUUUCUUGCCUUGUGCUGUGUGCUCCCUUUUUGUAUCUUUGUAUCUUAGUAUCUUUUUGUUUUUGUGCCUCGGCGUUUUCUUCCCGACUUCGUUGCGAAUUUGUUUAGUACAGCGUCGUUAGUAAUGCCGUUUAAUUUAGUUGAUUAAAACGUAAACGUAAAAUGUAACGAAAACUUAAGCGACAACAAUGUUAAUAGUAGACACUUAAUGAAAAUGCGUAAACUUAAUUCUUAGUUCUUAACAUUUGUCAAGCCACAAUUAGUCAAAUAACGAAAAGGGGAGAAUAACCAUUAACACAAGUUAUAAAAACAUGAAAAAACAACCUUGUUUAAUAGCAAAAACUACACAAAACACACAAGAAAACACAAACGUUAAAGAAAUUCUGUACAUUUUUUAUUGUUUAAUUUAUAAGUAAGCAAGCAAAAAAGAGAAGGUAACGAUUGAAAAGAAUACGCGAAUUAAUUCUUUUUUCUAUUGUGAUAUAAAAUGUAUUGUAUAAAAAAGAACACAUAAGCAAGCAGCAACAAAAUAUUGCUAAACAAUUACGUAAUAUUAUUUAAGCAGCGAGGAUUAAAUUAAAUAAAUUAAAAUUAAAUCAAUAUGUACAAUGUUAUGUUAAGUCAGGAUUAUUCCUCCGAUUCUCUGUUUUUCGAUUAGUUAAAUGAGCCCGAAUUCGAUGACCUUUUGUUGAACUGCAAUAUACUGAAUGCCUUAAUUCCAUUUGCAAACUAUAUAUUAUACUUAACUAUGUUGAUUCUGAAAAACCCUUGAGUUUCGAUUGCGAGUUUUCCCUAGAUCUAAGUUAUUUCGACAAUUGAUAUUUCUGUUUUAGGAGGCGCAACCCCCAAAAAAUUUGAGCGAUACGAUGUGGAAGGAGGAACGAAGAGAAAAUAAAUUAAAUAUGUAUAAAAA